CUUACAGUGAUAAUGUCUCUGCAGUACGACGCCAAAGCUGAUCUCUGGUCGAUCGCCACCAUCAUCUACCAGUGUCUGACAGGAGCGGCACCCUUCAAGGCGAACACACCGCAAGAGCUGAAGCUAUACUACGAACAGAGCCCCAAUCUGGCACCACUGAUUCCCAAAAGCACUUCGCCCGAGCUGACGGACCUCUUGACGCGCCUGCUGCGACGUAACGCCAAAGACCGCAUGGACUUUGACGAUUUCUUCAGUCACCCGUUUAUCCUCUCGACGAGCAUCUCUUCCUCCCCCUCCUCCUCCUCCGCCGCCUCUUCAAGCACUUGCCACUCUUGUGAUAGAGCACCGUCUACUUCACCGUCUGCUUCGUCUGCUUCUGCACUCCAGCAGCCUCAGCUUUGCUCGCCAGUGGCCAGUCCGGUUGGGAGUUCGGCUUUGCCUCGACCUUCGUCGAUCACCUCGGGAGGAGAGAAGUACAACUUGCGUGCAGAGGCUGCUUCCAGCAGGCGCCAGCACCCGCAUGCACGGGUGGCGCGAAUAAAGGAAGAGGAUGCCGCCAAUGCGGAGAACAUUAGGCAGCAGCAGCAGCAGCCGUCGUCGCCGCGUUCAAGUCAGCCGACUGCUGCCGCACUUGGCCAGAGUCGGCCAAAGUCGGGCGACGUUCCCUCAAGUCAUCAUCAUCGAUCGGUGAAGCCAGGGGAUCGAUAUGCUGAGAGCAAGGCCUCCGCCGGAGGUUCGGGCGAGUCCUCUGGCUCUAGCGGUGGCUCUUCUACUGGCGGGGACACCUUUGAGGACUUUGUGAUGAUCAACGAGGACGUCGUGUCGACGAUCACUGCCACCGCCGGCGGUGCUGCCGUUCAGCCCUCUAGUCUUCCGCAGCGAAUCAUCCGACAGGCCUUGCGUCCCCUGGGCAACUACAUGCCCGAGCCGCUUCCGGUGCCCACGCAGCGUGCUGCCUACGAGGCCAUUCAGCGCAGCAGUGGAUCGAACACCAGCAGCAUUGGCGUCAUCCAGGAGAGUGCUGGCUCCUCCUCGGUGGCCAUGCUCACCAGUCCGCCGGCGACGCCGCCCUCAAAGGCUCGAUUCGGUGGCAGUCGACGCGCGGGCGCAGGCGGCAGCCAGAACCAACCGCCGCCGCAGCAGCAACCUCAGGAGCCGUCCUCUUCGGGUACAAUGAACCUGAAACGUCACGACUCGUGCAGCUCCAUUGGCAGCGCCGGAUCUGCCUGCUCACGAGGCUCCCGCACAAACAUGCUCCUCACCGAUGUCAGCAACAUGUCUCCGCCGUCAAUGAACUUUGUGCUGGGCAGUAGUGGUAGUCCGACGGCUGCCGGUGGCAUUGUCUCCUCCUCCAACAUCGCCUCCAUGAAUCGCUCUCGCCGCCUCAGUGUUCCCAUGAGCCCUGGUCCGUCGAUUUCACCUAGUUCUUUUUUCAAUUGUCAAUCGGGUAUUCCCUAUAACACUGCGCCCUGCUGCGGCCACAGCUACGGCCGCUCACCAGGAGCAGAGCACGUGGUCAGCCACGGACAGCAUCAGCAUCAACAACAUCAACAUCAGCAGCAGCAACAGUCGCAGCACCCACCGUCACCAUCGAACCCUUCGCCGCUUAGUCAAAUGCUGCGUCAUAGCAGAACCGAUCCGUCUCUCAGCUCUCAUCUGACCUACUUUUUGCCCUCAAGUGAAGGCGCCCUAAGGUCUCACUUUGGCUCCAGCCGAACUGUCGAUCAGAUGAGCGCUGCCCACCAGCAUCAGCAGCAGCAACAGUUUUCCGGGCAGCAGUACCGAAUGUCGAUGCCUUCUGGCGGAGGAGGAGCUGCUGCUGAUGGCGGUGGUGGCAACAACGGCCGACUAGUGCACCGACACCACUUUCCCAACUCACCUGCCGCCCAUCCGUACUUUCAGCAGAUGCAGACGCACGUCUUUUCGUGCUGCGCUCCGGGGCAGCAUGCAGCCGUUCCCAGCGGCAGUCAGAUUGUCUCUCCAUCGUCGCCGACUUGGUCGGCUCGCAACUUUCACCAUCCCUAUGGCGGUGGCCCGAGUGAGCAGCAGAACACCAUCACCUUUGAGCCUCCCGGUGAGCUGUCAGAGGAGACGCUUCUCGACAAGGGCCACAAUGAGACACUGGCCAAAUUGAACUUUGUUCUGGCACUGGUGGACUCGAUCUUUGAGUACAUCAACAGUAUUUCCAGUCCAAUGGCGGUGCUCAGUGAGUCCAUUGCAAGUGAUAUGGUCAGCGAGGAGAAGAUUGACAAGGUGCGUUUUGUGCUCUACCUCCGCUGCCUGCAAUUGCUCACCUCGGCGCUGAAGCUGUCUCAGAAGGAAAUCAACAGCGGUCGUUUGUGGACGUCUAAUAGUGUUCGAUCAGUUGUAAAGACAAUGAGAGACAAGUACCGUAAGUGUUUGGACUUCUGUAAGGAUCUCAACCGACCAAACAUCAUCAAGUCACUGGACAACAUAUCGGCGGACAAACUACUUUACGAGUACGCCAUUAAGAUGUGCCAGUCGGGCGCUAUUGAGGAGAUUGUCGGAGUUCGUGAGGAGAGUUUCAAGCGCUACCAGACGGCGCAGAUUUUGCUUCACAGUCUGUCGCAGCAGGCCAUCAACGAAGAGGACCGUAAUCUGCUGAACCAGUAUCGCGAAGCAGUAGAGAAACGAAUGUUUUUUCUGCAGAACCAAGGCGUACCUAUACUGUUGUACAAUCAAAAUUGA